AUGGCGACCGUUGCGCCUCCACGGCGCUCUCGAGAGGAGUCUUUUCGCAUUCAUGAUGACGUCCCAUCGACUGGGGAUACCGAGAUGAAUGAACACGACUUCCAAGACGAAGAGGUCGAUGAUGGGGAGACAGAGCGCGGCCACGAGGGUGAGCAGGUAGAGGAACAAGAACAGGAAGAGCAGGAGGAGCAGGAGGAACCAGAGUCAGAAUAUACAGAGAGUUCCGACGACGACAUGGCCGUCGACAGCAAUAUCCAGUACGACAUGGACAAGCUGCAGGACAGCUUCCCUGGCUUCAGGUCGAAAUACAGGUUGAUCAAGAGGAUCGGAGAAGGAACCUUUUCAACCGUCUACAAAGCCGAAGACCUGGCAUACGACCGAUACGAUAACUCGUGGGACUUUGACAGAGACAGCGACAAGUGGACACCACCACCACUGAAGAGCUACAGCAGCGGCGACCACCAGCCUUCACGACGUCGCAAACCGAAAUACGUCGCCAUCAAGAAGAUUUACGUGACCUCUUCCCCCACCCGCAUCCUCAACGAACUCGAGCUUCUUCACGACCUCCGAGACUGCGAAAAUGUUUGUCCCUUGAUCACAGCUUUUCGCGCCACCGACCAAGUCGUUGCCAUCCUCCCAUACUUUAGGCAUGCCGAUUUCCGGGACUAUUUCAGGAAAAUGACCGUCCCUGAUAUCGCCAUCUACCUCCGAUCGCUCUUCACCGCCCUUGCCAGCGUACACAGGCAACACAUCCUUCAUCGCGACAUCAAGCCCACCAACUUUCUCUACGACCCUGAGUCACGAAGGGGUGUACUGGUCGAUUUUGGUCUGGCUGAGCGCGAGGGGUCAGAGUGCAAGCCAUGUCUUUGCCACGAUGACUAUCAGACUCGCAAAGCUCGGCUUGCAAACCAUAAUCCCAAGGCGACCGUUGGUGGCUAUCCCAAGCAGGACACCCGGCCGUCUAGACGCGCCAACCGUGCCGGCACCCGUGGUUUCCGCGCGCCAGAAGUCUUGUUCAAGUGUACUGAACAAACCACCAAGAUUGACAUCUGGAGUGUUGGUGUUAUUCUGUUGACUAUCCUGUCGAAGCGCUUCCCUUUCUUCAAUUCUGCAGACGAUGUCGAGGCUAUGAUUGAGAUAGCGACCAUUUUUGGCCGAGAGAAGAUGAAGGAGGCGGGAAAGCUGCACGGAUGUGCAUUCGAGACUACAAUCCCAACAAUUGGAUCAGGAGGUUUUAGUUUUGAGAGGAUUAUCCUGUGGAGCACAUGUCGCAGCGACUCGGAGAAGACAUUGCCUGCUGAUGAGAAGUUGGCUGUCGAGUUUUUGAAGAGAUGCCUGGACCUGGACCCACGACACCGCAUCAGUGCCGAGGAGGCGCUGGAGCACGAGUUUUUGCAAGUAGGGAUGCUUUCUUCUAGCGAGAGGGCGGGAGAUGACGACGAGAUGGACAUUUUGCAGGUCCGAGCAAGCAUUGCAUGA